AUGACGCCGUCGUCGCCCCAUAUUUCACCGCUCGCGUGCAGCCACGAGCAAGCAGCGGCGACACGUGUUCUAACCAACCGGUCUCUCUUCCGUCACAUUAUGAACUUUAUCGACGGCGUCCCGGGCUCUGUCAUGUCGCUUGUGAUUGAUGCGCAACAAAAGAAUACAGACGUUCCAUGGUCAUCCGUCAAGGGCUCAUUGUCGCGCGCUGUAAUCCAACGCGGAGAUUUGGCCACGCUCAUCCAUUUGAAGACCUUAUCAACCACAAAGAGGUUUCAGUCGAGUCCUGAGCUCGCGUUUACUAUAGAGACAAUUCGCUGCGCGAUUGAGUUUGGACGUCUGGAGAUCUUAAAGUACUUGGUAGACACAGGCAUCCUACACGGGAACACGUCAGGAAGACGGACAGAGACUUUGAUUGACGGUGCUACACUCAUGGGCUGGGCUGUGCAGUACUCAGACGUGCUCGCCUCUACGCCAAAACUUGAUAUUAUUGAGUGGGUGGCAGAUAACUACUCGACGUCGGUAUUGAUGCAGGUCAAAGCAGAAGACCUAUGUCGAGCGAGUGCGUCCGUGUUGAUGUUUUUGCAAAGUAGAGAACUGGCCACGAGUGGUUUCGAAGAUCCGAGACUCGUGGACUUUGUUGCUGCUAUGGGAAAGAUAGAGGAGUUGAAAAUUUUGCUGGAUAGAGGGGAUGAAGAGACGGUAGUAGCGCGGUGUACGUCGAACGCGAUGGACGAAGCAGCUACGAACGGGCACUUGGCGAUCGUGCAGUAUUUGCAUUGCCAUAGGACCGAGGGAUGCACUGUAAAGGCCAUGGAUGGCGCUGCUCGAAAUGGACAUUUGGAAGUUGUGCAAUUCUUGCACACUCAGCGGACGGAAGGAUGUACCGUUGCUGCCAUGAACGGAGCUGCCCACAAUGGACACCUUGAUGUUGUGCAGUAUUUACACAGCCACCGGAGCGAAGGCUGCUCGGCCGCUGCUAUGGAUGGAGCUGCGGCUAGAGGAUUUUUAGACGUCGUGCGUUUUCUUCACGAAAGUCGCAACGAAGGAUGCACGACCAAAGCCAUGGAUGGAGCUGCACAAAGCGGGCACUUGGAGAUAGUCGAAUAUCUACAUACUAAGCGCAAAGAUGGCUGCACGACGGAUGCAAUGGAUGGUGCGGCACUCGUAGGAGGCUUGCCGAUUGUCACUUUCUUGCAUGAAAAUCGAAAAGAGGGAUGCACAACAAGAGCAAUCGACGGUGCAGCUUGGCGAGGUCACCUUGACGUUGUUAAAUUUCUGGUGGCAAAGCGCUCAGAGGGAUGCACUUUCAAAGCUAUUGACUAUGCCUGUCAAAACGGCUAUCUAGAGAUUGUGCGGGUCUUACAUGAACAGGGACGUGCGCUGUGCUCGACCGCGGCAAUGGACACUGCUGCAAGUGGUGGACAUGCAGAAAUUGUACAGUAUUUGCACGAAAAUCGAGUAGAGGGCUGUACAAAGGAUGCCAUGACAAAUGCAGCGAUCAAUGGGCAUUCAAAAGUAGUUCUCUUUCUUUGCAAGCACAGACACGAGGGUCCGCAUGAAUUUGCUCUUGAGCGCGCUGCUGGACUCGGUAACUUCGAGUGUGUGGAUGCCUUGAUGCGCUAUACAAUUCGUGGCUGUCUUUUUGAGGCGCGCUCGGCCGCUAUACAGGCUGGUCACACACAUGUGGCCGAACUGCUGUCAUCCUGGAUAAAUCCAGACGUUCGGACGUGCUCGUCGAUGCGCUAUCACGUGCUGCCUGGUCCAAGGUGGUGUCAAAGGCACACGCAACGCAAUUCUGAAGGAGGAGUAUAUCCAUCGGAGGCUGUCAAAGCGUCACAAAUCGAGCGAUAUUCGAAUGAGCUGAAAGUCUCUGGAUGGUGGCGGUGGUUUCGGAAGAUAUGA